CCAAGGUGCACACAGAGCCCUCUUGUGGGUGACCACAGAGCGAAAGCAAGGCAGCGCUAAUUCCUCUCAUAAAUAUUUUUAUUUUUGCAAUUACUAUUGUUCUUACAGUAUUAGAAAAACUUCAACAUCGGUGAAAUCUCAUUUGAGUUUGGUCUGGGUGAAACCAGGAGGUUAGAGAACAUUCCUUUGAAAUAUAGUUUCCUUUUAAUCAGCAAAAAUUGAUUCCCCGGGGAGCGAAGAAAUGAGUUCUUCUGAGGAAGUAUCAUGGAUUUCUUGGUUUUGUGGGUUACGAGGCAAUGAAUUCUUUUGUGAAGUUGAUGAAGAUUAUAUUCAGGACAAAUUCAAUCUCACUGGACUUAGUGAGCAAGUGCCUCAUUAUCGCCAAGCUUUGGAUAUGAUACUUGACUUAGAACCUGAUGAUGAACUGGAAGACAACCCCAAUCAAAGUGAUCUUAUUGAACAAGCAGCUGAGAUGUUAUAUGGUUUAAUCCAUGCUAGGUAUAUUUUAACUAACCGAGGAAUAGCACAAAUGAUUGAAAAACAUCAAAAUGGUGAUUUUGGUGCUUGUCCACGAGUCUAUUGUGAAAAUCAGCCCAUGCUUCCAAUUGGUCUGUCUGAUGUUCCUGGUGAAUCGAUGGUAAAACUGUAUUGUCCUAAAUGCACUGACGUAUACAAUCCUAAAUCAUCACGUCACAAUCAGACUGAUGGGGCUUAUUUUGGCACAGGCUUUCCUCAUAUGCUAUACAUGGUUCACCCAGAUUACAGACCAAAAAGGCCUAUGAAUCAGUUUGUUCCUCGAUUGUAUGGAUUUAAGAUUCAUCCUCUGGCGUAUCAGCUUCAACAGCAAGCUAGUGCAAAUUUCAAAGCUCCUGUUCGAACAAUCCCUUUCAAUAACAACAAGCGUUAAUUUAUCAUCUGAAACUGUCUCCAUUAUGUUUAGUUUGUGUAAACAAGAAGUUAAUAAAUGGUGCAUUCACUUUAAGUCAACUGAA